ACAACGUGGCCGAAAUCAUGCGUAACGGAGUCGUUUCAAGUGUGCGUGAAUCGGUAUUACUUUUUCAUGUAAAGUUGAUGGAUGAUGCCGACCUGAUAAAUGAUACUCAUAGAUAAUAUACUGUAGAAUACGGCAUUAUUCUAUAAACGAAUUCAUGAAUCAGUGUGCGAUGAAUAAUUUAUUUUUAACUUUAUAACUUCCGGGUGAGAAGCAAAAUCGUGUUGCGAUGGUACGGCCAUUGAGGUACGAAGCCGGAGACAAAGGUGUCACGAAAGGUGUGAAACUGUGCCAACUAAUUUACUGGGUUCAUCUCGAAGAUUAUCUCGACAGAACUUCAAAAUGGCGCGUUCAUAUUCUGGGCGGAUUGUCGUUUCGGCUAUAAUUGAUCAUCUUCUAUUGAUCAGUAUCGUAGCUCCUUUGGUCUCCGUCUAUUGGUGUGGGAUGUUCUUCCUCGUUGAUCACUACGUAUUCCCUAAGGAUUAUGUGACCAGUAUCUGGUUUACCUGUCUAUUCGGAUUCAGUGCUGUAUUCGUUUGCCAUGUGGUCCACGAGCGACUAACACGAUUGGCGCAAUUAACGGACGCCCUAUAUAAUCCGCUGGCUCGUUUCUAUUCAAUAAUCCUCAUAAUCGUAAUAGUUUUUCAAUGGCGCGGAUUUUGGUAUAUUCUGGACCAUUACCUAGGUCCUGGUUAUAUCUCGGGCUGCGCGUGCAUUGCGGCAGGUUUCUUUUUAGUGGCCACCAGCGGCUGCAGCAAAAGUAUCACCGGAGUGGUUCCGUUCAUCUUCAUAGCUGACGACAAAACCAACUACUUUAUCGCUCUGUCCAAAUUUUCGCACUUGUCCUCCCGCAGUUCCGUGCUACAUCUUGUUGAUCAUUUAUAUUCCGUUUUCUACAUUCAACCCAGUGUUAUCAUCGUCUGGCGAGGAGUUUGGCACCUUCAGGAUUAUGUGAUCUACCCAAAAGACUUCCUGUUAUCUGGAACCGUAACAUUAGGAGUCGGUGUCGUAGGCGCUUUCCUGUGUUAUAUCAUUCAGUGGCCACUGAACUCAUACGUAAAGAGACUUCCAAAAAUAUCCCGAUUUGUCGUGGAGCAACUAUGGCGUAUAAUCGUAGCAACAGUAGCAAUCUGCUACUGGCGAGGUUCGUGGCAAUUUUGGGCUCUCGCGUUUAAAGGAGACCUUUUCACGAUGUGGUUUGUAACGGUAACGUCCGCGUUCCUGCUAUGUACAUUCAACUGCUGGAGCAUAGCUACCCUUCGAGGUGUCUGGGUAGACGACCCACUAGACUCACAAGAGGAUUCGAUACUCCUAGAUGUCCACUACUGCACUGAGAUCGUCUCAACAAUUGAGAAAGAGCAAAUGCGCAAGAUUCGAACGAUGGAGAAUGAGACGUACCCAAUGUCGGCCUUGGAUAAAAGCAGUGCUAAUGGCGAUACGUCGUCUUUGUUUUUAAAUCACGUUAGCACCGCUCAAAAGUUCGAUUACUUCAGGGGUAGCGAUGAACGGCAAGAACAAGAGCCGUUUGCAUUGGGGUUAGAUACGCACAACGUGAUGGUAACACUAGGUAGGGAAUUCUCGUUUAACAGCUGGGGCGAAUCUCCGGAAAGUGUUAUUUGAUGGGAUUGUACAUGUGCUUUCGCCGGAAGGGGGUGGUCAGGGAAAACUGGCUGUAUUUAUACUUCUACCAAAGGACGCGAUUCGUGGGGAAGGCUUCUGCGACGCUCAAUAAUCGAAAAGUUUUCCUAUAUACCUGACGAACGUGCUGUGGCACAAAUAAAAAAAAAAGUACAGGUUCGUUUAGCGUCUAAAAGAAUCGGUAGAAUUAUAUAUUGUUAAUGUUUGCCCGUGUAAAUAAGUUAAUAAAAAAUGCGGGUCGUUGCUGUUUGCCGUAUCAUAUUA